AAAGUAGAAACCCACAAAACCUGCAAGAAGAAAAAAAACACACUUUCACCAUAACCCACUCACAAACCACAGAUCGAGAGGAAGAAGAAAAUGGUCGGAGAUGGAAACCAGCAUGGUAUGAUGGUUCAUGUACCUCCGUGGACGCUCAUGGACGAUUCUGUCGCCGGAGUUUCACCUUUUUCUCCUCGCAGCCCAAAUGCAACCGUAAACAGCUUAUCAUCCAUUGAAGACUACGCUUAUUUCCUCCGUAACGACGCCGCGCUCCGACGCUAUCUGGAAGAAGACCUGGAUGGAGAUGGAUCUGGCUCCGGUUGUACGGAUUUUGACAUCACGUCGGAGGCUUACGCUUGUGAUAGCUUCCGGAUGUAUGAGUUUAAGGUACGUAAGUGUGCUCGUGGCCGGUCGCAUGACUGGACCGACUGUCCGUACGCUCAUCCAGCGGAAAAAGCUCGCCGCCGAGAUCCCCGGAGAUACAGUUACUCCGGAACUGCGUGCCCUGAGUUCCGUAAAGGAAACUGUAAGAAAGGAGACGGUUGUGAGUUUGCUCACGGCGUUUUCGAGUGCUGGCUCCACCCAAGCCGUUACCGUACGCAACCGUGUAAGGACGGAAUAAAUUGCCGCAGACGUGUGUGUUUCUUUGCUCAUACACCGGAGCAACUUCGUGUACUCAGUCCACAUACUGAUUCUCACGACGGUACGUCACUAAAAGGCUUUCCGCCGUUCUUCUCUUCGCCGUCGGAGACUUCCACACCCCCAUCGGAGUCCCCACCGAUGUCUCCGAUGGACAGCUCUCUCAGCCGGUCACUAGGUUCGGUUUCAGUGAACGAUAUGUUAUCAUCUCUCCGGCGUUUGCAGCUUAACAACAAAACCCCAUCUAUGUCGACAGCAUGGAGCCUACAAAUGGGUAUGACCCUUCCCUCCCCCCGGUCGGGUUUCUACAGCCUCCCAUCAACUCCGACCCGACCUGUACCCCGACCCGGUCUAGGGUUUUCAGAUAUCUGGGAAGAAGGGUGUGUGGAGGAAGAACCUGCCAUGGAAAGAGUGGAAUCUGGUAGGGGUUUGAGGGUGAAGAUGUUUGAGAAGUUGAGCAAGGAGAAUCUGGUAGGGGUGGAUCCGAACCCGGAAGAAGGUUCAAACCCGGAUGUUGGAUGGGUCUCGGAGCUUGUGAAGUGAUGGUAUCCAGAUUCCAGAACUCCCCAACACCUUCAAAGUGUUCAAAUUUAAUGAUGGAUUAAUUAAUUAAGGGUAUUUAAUGAAAGGUAAAUUAGUUGUAAACCAUUUUGUUUACUUGUUUUCCCUUCUGAUGUACAUAGCUUAAAAGGAAGGGCGUGAAGUGUAAGUCUAUUUUAUGGGGGCUGGUAUGGUGGACGAGUACAAGAAAGAGAUGGGAGGAAAUUAAAGGGUGGGAUUUUUCUAUUCGAAAUGAUUUUUAUAUAUUUAGUGUGAUAAAUGUAAUUUGUCACCUUGGUGAACUGUUACUGACCCUUUAUUGGAGUAUUAUUGAUAUUGAUGUGUA